CACACACACACCAUUCCGCUGCUGCUGCCGCCGCCGCGUGCAGCUCAGGAGAAUGAUGCUGCGCUGAAAACACUCAGACAUUGAUGACACUGAAAACGCAGGGCACAUGCUGGAAGCACCAACAACAGCAACAACCUCUCUGGCAUUGACAGAACCACAAGCAGCUGUAGAGAAACCCCCUGUAGCGUCAUCAGCGGCAGCACGCUCAUCACACACACCCUGAGAGUGCCGCCACCGCUGCUGGCCCACAGCUCUACCCUGGACGAGGACAGCAGGUCAGACAUGGGCUGCUCAUCAGGACGCCAGCCCCCUGCCCCAGUGCUUCACCCGGACUUGGACUGCGGCAACAGCAGCGAGUCAAACACUUUACCCCAAGACUCGGAGAACCAGAACCAGGGUUUGAACGGAUCCAGAGGAGAUGGAGAGGAAGAGGGAAGUGUUGGAAGAGACCCGGUGAAACCACCAGAGUCAGUCCUCACUUUGGAAAGGUUGGCCCAGGCCACGGGGGGCACAGAAAAGUCCUGGUACCGUUGUGUGUUCCCGUUCGGUGUCAUAUCACUAGUGAUCGGGAUGGCGGGCACCGGGGUAACGUUCACCUUUAACACGCUGCUCCAGACUAAAGUGGUGUCGGUGGCAUUGCUCUGUGUUGGCGUGGUGAUGCUGCUGACAGCAGCUGUGUGUUGGAGGGCCCACAGACUGAGGAGGAGGAAAAAGAAAGAAGGGGGGUUCUUCACUGCUGAUCAGGGCACUUUGUGACAGAGGUGUGGGCUACAAGGCUACUAGGCAGAGCCGUGUUAGUCUGAGCAGAGCACUUACAGAUGAACUUCCUCAACUGAAAGGACCUCUACAUAAUAGAAAAGAUGCACAGACACUUGGAUCAGAAACCUGUGUUUUUUCUUUUGUGAACUAAGAUUGUGAUGGAGAGGAUGAAAGAGUUGGGUGGUGUUAGUUGUGUUCUGUGUUUGUGCCAGUGUUGGCUGUAAUUGAUGUUUCUGGAGACAGUUUAGCAUAGGUGUCAUCAGCACUCUGAGCAGACCAGCUGGGUAAAGCAUGCAUCAUUGCCCUCCUGUCAUCAACACUUGGUCAUUCCAGAAUGGAUUUACCUGGACAUCAGAUCCAGUGGAGUGCUGAGUCUAGAGCACCUUGAAGAAUGACCUCAUUGUGUCAGGGAAAUGUGUUAGAGAUAGGAACCUCAGGAAUAGUCAUUUAACAUCGUAUGGUUAUCAGUACCUUGGCCAGAGAAGAUCUGGAUCAGCAGAAGGGACCAGAGGUCCAGUUUUCUGUUUGUGCUUGUUAAAGCACAGUAGUUUUCAUCAUUCCAACAUUUUAGUUCAUAUCAUCUGGAAACAACUUUUACACUGGUUGUGUUUUGCAGCUGAAGAAAAUCUACUCAAUGAUGUGAAGUGCUGAUAGGUGUUGUUUUUUUUUUUUUUCAGAGGGUCAGAGGGGUGUAAUUACAGGUUCCAUCAGAUACACCUCUGGAGGCCUAAUCCAGAUAUCAUCACAGGAACUUAGAAAAAUGCUCAUGCUUUUCCAUAGCAACAUGAAAUAGUGUCCUCUAUCUUUAUUAGUGUCUUGAUGUGUACUUUGAGGAGAGGCUGAGGUGUGCAUUUUUGCCCCGGUUUUGCUCCUGCAGGUUAAAGUGUAGUGUACUAACAGUCUUCAGUGUGUCCUAAAGGGGGAACCUCAGAGCCCAAAGUCAGCAGGAAUGAAAGACACCGGGCUUUUCUUCCCCACUUAGCAGGUGUUGAAGUUUUGCAUGUGUAUCAUGUAAUGCAGCGCAGCUACUCAUUAGGCAGCAGCAAGGGUUUAAUUUGGAAAGAGAGGUUCAGGAAUCAGGCAAAAGUUACAAAAGAUGACCCAAUAUGCCGAGCAAAUUUUCCCAGGGGAAGAAUUACAGGCCCUUUUUUAUACUUGUCAUGUUUCUGCCUGAGCCUGAAUGACCGAGGUCAAAGGUCCGAACAGGUCUGUUGUGUCUCUGCUUUGGCCAUCAUGGUC